UCUGCCUGGCCGUGUAGCCAGUCCUGUUGAGGACGCGCAGCGCGCAGCCGGUAGCGGAGCAGAGCCGAGCAGAGCCGAGCCAGUCAAAGCGAACCGAGUGUCCGAAGGGUUCGCACGUAUACGAGCCGCGCGUGUCGAGCCGUUGCACCCUGCGGGGUCUUCUGCACCUGCACUGCCGUGCUAGUGUGUGUGUGUGUGUGCGUGUUGGUGAGAGUGAAUGUGUUGGUGUGUGUGAGUGCGCGUGUGUCAUGUGCAGGCGCUGACAUGUGCCUCCUCGACCCGGGCGCGCCGCACACGUUCAGGAUUAACACCGCCCCCCGCCCCUGACGGAAGGGCCGAACAUGCUAGCGGCGGGCGUACUGGGGCUGGCCGUCCUCGGGGCGCUACUGUCGGGGUCGCCGGGCGGCGCCCCGGGCUCCGGAGUGUCGGCAGUGCCCGUCGCGGACCACGUGCACGUCGUCCAUCGCGGCAUCUCGGCGGCGGCGCUGCCGCGGCCGCUGGCGCCGCUGGCCUCGCUCGUGGUGCCGCGGCGCCGCGUCCACGUCCUGGACCCGCGCACGGCGCUCAACCUGGUGACGGCGCACGAGACGCGGCGGCGGCGCGGCUCCAAGCGGCCGCCGCCCUACCACCGCGGGCGCGGGCCGCCGAGGGGACCGCCGCGGCCGCCGCGCUACAAGGGCAGCCCCAGCAAGCGCAAGGCGGGGCCGCGGGGCAAGCCGUGGACACAGGCCACGAGGGGUAGCAGCCCCGCGCCCACCCGGGUGCGCUACAGCAAGGCGCCCAGGAAGAAGGCCAAGAGCAAGAAGCACGCCAAGAAGCGCGAGCCGCAGCUGCCCGCCUACGCGGACGGCUACGCCGACGACGAGGACCUCGUCGAACUGCAGAACGAGGCCGAGGACCCCGACGUGGAGGAGGACCGUCCCAGGAAGCGGCCGGCCAAGAGCAGCGGCUCCGCCAAGCAGCAGCACGGCAGCUCGUACCCGCCCAAGGGCUGGGGGCCGGACGGCGGCUAUCGGGUGCCGGCGCCGCAGUACCCACCGUACGGCACCGACGAGGACGAGCCCGGCACCGGCCACCUCGACCUGGAGGAGCGCUUCAUCAACCAGCACAACCAGUUCUACCGCCACGGCUACCCGGCCGAGAGCGCCGAGAGCGCGCCCAUGGCCACGCAGAGCAAACGCCACCGGCCGGGCCUCGCGCCCGUCGGCCUCUACGAGGAUGAGGAGAUCGAGGUGGCCGAGGCCACCGACGACUUCGGUGACGGCGGCCUCGCCGCCACCACGUCGCACAACACCCGGCAGCAGUCCUACAGGCGGCCCAGCAAGACCACCAGGUACCAGCUGCAGCACGACGGAGGUGAAGCUGACGAAGGAAGCCCGGAGGAGGACGAGUACCGCAGGCCGUACGGCGGCGGCAGCAGCAGCAAGGGACGCGGUAAGAAGAAGCAGGACAGCCGGCGCCACCAGAGCAUGUACCACGCCAAGUUCCGCGAGCACCAGGACGACCGCACCCUGUCCGCGGCCAACUUCAACUACGAGCUCACGGGGGCCGCGUCCGAGACGGCGCAGUCGGCGGUCGACAACAACAACAACAGCCAGAAGAGCAACUACAAGAACAAAAUCAACUACACCGGCAACACCAGCAACUACGGCACCGUUGGCGGCAGCUCCAACAACUACGGCACCGGCACCGGCAGUUCCAACAACUACGGCACCAGCAGCAACGGCAACAGCUACGGCACCAGCAGCACCAGCAACAACCACCGCCCGGCGCACGAGACCGGCGAGGUCGGCAUCACCGACGUGCGGACGGUCGACACCAACUUCUUCCGCACCAGGAAGCCGCAGUACUGGGGGUGACGACGCGGCGGGCGCCCCGAUGUCGGCCCGACACACGCCGGGGAGCUAGUGGAGCAGAUGCGAUGAGAAAUUUGGCACUACGCUGAAUGACAAUUUGGUCCUGUCUCAUACGUGGCAUCGAUCAUUGAGAAGGCGAAGGAGAGAAGAAUAGGAGCCAGUAAUUUCUCAUGGCAUCUCCACUGGCGUAAAUGUGCUGGCAGAGCGCCUCAAAGAAAAAACGGACUUGGGUCUUCCUGCUGUCUUACCCCACCCAUCAGAUUUAAAUUAAUUAUUUCUUAAAACUUCAGACUGUCAGAUUUUUUUUAUUUGAAAGAAUUUCCAAAAAUUUAGAAAACUGACGUUGUUGUUAAUUUAUUUAACGUAAAUUAUUUAUGGCAUGUCGCUUUGAUCACUUAUCAGUGUAUCUAUGUUAUGUACUUUGCAUACAUCUAACGCACCACUUUUAUGCUGGUUUUGUAUCAGUUCACGCCUGAAAACUCUUACUGUUUGUAAAUAUUCUUUGGCUGCAUGGCCACACAAUUUCACGCGAGUAGCAAGCCUCCGCAAAAGUUCACAUUAGACUGCUGCUAUUCACGAAAUCGCUUUUGCUAAAUUCGACAUAUCUGUACAAAAAGAAGAAAAAUAUUAAUAUUGUCCUUUAUUUAUUUACUUGUUAAUUUUGUGUCUAGUCCGAAACUGAGUGCAUAACAUCAAAAGCCGGUGGACUUGUUGUGUUUGUGCAAAUAAACCGUCGUUAUGUGUUAAGUUUUUGUUAAGUUUGAACAUUUGUUGUGGGUGAGCAGAGUGUAAAUAGCUGUUUGAAAUGUCUUGGAAAAGAGAAAAAAACAUGCAAAUAAAACAUUCUUAUUAUAAACAAAA